AUGGCCAAGCCUCACACGAGUAGUGACCACCUAGCAGCAGUGCAGCUGCUGCUAUGCUGCACGCUCCUCGUGGCCUUCGCCGCUCCCACCGCCACCGCGGCCUCCGCUCCUGCUGCUCCGUCCCCGGCGAAGGUGAACAUGACAUGGGACGUGGAGUACAUCCUGUGGGCGCCGGACUGCCAGCAGCGGGUGAUGGUCGGGAUCAACGGCAAGUUCCCCGGCCCGACCAUCACCGCCCGCGCCGGCGACGUCGUCCGCGUCACCGUCAACAACAAGCUUCACACGGAGGGGCUCGUCAUCCACUGGCACGGCAUGCGGCAGGUCGGCACGCCGUGGGCGGACGGCACGGCGUCCAUCUCCCAGUGCGCCAUCAACCCCGGGGACUCCUUCACCUACGAGUUCGUCGCCGACAAGCCCGGGACGUUCUUCUACCACGGGCAUUUCGGGAUGCAGAGGGCGGCGGGGCUUUACGGGUCGCUCAUCGUGAACGCCACGGCGGCGCAGGACGAGCCGUACCGGAGGGACUACGACGGCGGCGAGCUCAACGUGCUGCUCAGCGACUGGUACCACGAGAACGUGUACGCGCAGGCGGCCGGGCUGGAGCGCAAGGACAAGCACUUCGAGUGGAUAGGCGAGCCUCAGACGAUCCUGAUCAACGGGCGAGGGCAGUACGAGUGCAUGCUGGGCAAGGUCACGAGGUACCACAGGGGCAUCGACAGGUACGCCAAGACGUGCGUCAGGGGCAAGGAGGCCAAGCUGUGCAGGGACGAGGAGCGGUGCCUGAGGCGGAGCGAGUGCGGGCCCUACUGCCCCGAGAGCCAGUGCGCGCCCGUCGUCUUCGACGUGGAGCCUGGCAAGACGUACAGGCUGAGGAUCGCCAGCACCACCACGCUCUCUGCUCUCAAUCUGCAGGUCCAAGGGCACGAGCUGACGGUGGUGGAGGCGGACGGCAACCCGGUGGAGCCGUUCAAGGUGACGGACAUCGACAUCUACUCCGGCGAGAGCUACUCCGUCCUCCUCACGACCAGCCAGAAGCCUACCUUCUACCGACCGGGGGCCUUCUGGAUCUCGGUGGGCGUGAGAGGGCGGCACCCGAAGACGCUACCGGCCACCGCCGUCCUGAGGUACACCAACAGCAAGUUCGACUGGCCGGGCAGCGCGCCGCCGGAGACUCCGGCCUGGGACGACAUAGACCACAGCAAGAGCUUCACGUACAGAAUCAAAGCCCUGAGGAACAACGCCAUCACCAAGACACGUCCGCCGAGGUCAUCGGCGCUGAACCGGACGAUCGUGAUGCUGAACACGCAGACGAUGGUGGGCGGGCACGUGAGGUGGGCGAUCAACAACGUGUCCCUGGCGCUGCCGGCCACCCCGUACCUGGGCGCCUACCACUACGGCCUGCAGGGCAGCGCCUUCGACGCGGCGGGGGAGGCGCCGGACGGGGUGCCCGAGGGGUACAACGUGAGCCGGCCGCCGGGGGAGAACGAGGGGUACGCGGCGCGGCUGAGCGACCGGGUGUACGAGCUGCCGCACGGCGCGCUGGUGGACGUGGUGCUGCAGAACGCGGACAUGAUGAGGGAGAGGGCGAGCGAGACGCACCCGUGGCACCUGCAUGGGCACGACUUCUGGGUGCUCGGCUACGGCGACGGGCGGUACGACGCCGGGAAGGACUUGGCGAGGCUGAACAUGGAGGACCCGCCGCUGCGGAACACGGUGGUGGUGUUCCCGCACGGGUGGACGGCGCUGCGGUUCGUCGCCGACAACACGGGGGCCUGGGCGUUCCACUGUCACAUCGAGCCGCACCUCCACAUGGGCAUGGGCGCCGUCUUCGUCGAGGGAGUGGAGAAGAUGCGCGAGCUCAAGGUGCCCAGGGAAGCAAUGAUGUGCGGGGUGAUCAGCACGUCCGCCGCGGUCGUGACACCCGCUGCGCCGCGCACACCGGCGCCGGCGCCGUGA